UUCCAUGGCUACCAAAGAUGCAAACUGAACCAGCUCAAGAAGGGGAGAGGGAGAGAGAAAGCAAACUGCUUUCAGAAGUCUGUCAUUGGUCCCACCACAAUGGCUUCCUCCAGGGCGAAGCCCGUCAGCCAUGCUGCCACACGGGAGCAGUUACUGAAAGAGGAAGAGACAAUAGCAAAAGUUGCAGAUUUCGUUAAACUGGUCCAGAGGUUGGAGAAAGCCCACACUAUGUGCCUACAGCGGGAAGCACAGGAGGAGAGGUGUUUUGAAAAGAGCAGAAAGAGGCAGUUGGCAGAAAUGAAAGAAGAGCUGCACUUUGCUAAUAAACAGCUGAUAAUGGUUCGACGAGCAGCCCUGCGCCACCUCCUAAGCUUUGAACACCUGCAAUACCAGUUGGAACUGAACCACUUGGGCAAGUCAUUCUACGUAGAGCGGCUGUGAGCACUUCUUUCAGAAAUGUCCAGAAAUCUUUCCUUAAUAAGAAGUACAGGUGCUCUCAUACAAUACUCUCUACCUAAGGAAACCCUUCUCUCACUAUUUAGGUAUCUAAGGAAAAUAUCACAGGGGGGAAUUAAAGACUUUUUUUCAAUGUGGCAAA